CACAUUUGUGGGCGCAACCGGUCAGUUCAGAGGAGCCGUUCCGGCCGAAGGGGACUGUUACUCUGUGCUCCCUGCUUGGAAACUUUUAGGAUACUCUGUAACAAACAAUUUUUUGCGUACCUCUAUGGAAAUGAAGGACAUAUUCACCCCAGACUGAAGACCCGCCAUUUAGGACUUAUUUAUCGAUUCUUUUUGUAAGCAGACAGCAACUUUUAACUAUUUUACUUGCGUUUUUUAGGCACGUGUACUAUUACUGUACUCACAAUGGCCGACAGCAAGCAUCCCCACGUCAUUUUCUGCAACGACUCACCCAAAAGAGUUUUGGUUUCUGUCAUCAAGACUCCGAUCAAACCCAGGAAAGUGGAGACUCUGACUCCCACAAGUCCAGGUUUCAGCGACUUCAUGGUCUACCCUUGGAAAUGGGGGGAAAACGCCCACAAUGUAACCCUGAGCCCGGGCUCGGCGAGCGGGGCCGCGUCCCCAACCGGGUCACAGACAGCCAGGGAGGCGGACACAGCUCCGUCUCCUGAUCAGAUCAAGGAUGGCAUCCGGAGAGGCCGGCCCCGAGCAGACACGGUGCGGGAGCUGAUAAGCGAGGGCGAGACCUCCUCCAGCCGGAUCCGAUGCAACAUCUGCAACCGGGUGUUCCCCAGAGAGAAGUCCCUGCAGGCUCAUAAGAGAACACACACAGGAGAGAGACCCUAUCUGUGCGACUACCCUAACUGCGGGAAGGCGUUUGUCCAGAGCGGCCAGCUGAAGACUCACCAGCGGCUCCACACCGGCGAAAAGCCGUUUGUCUGCUCAGAGAAAGGAUGUGGCAGUCGGUUCACCCAUGCAAACCGUCACUGCCCCAAGCAUCCUUUCUCUCGUCUGAACAGAGAAGAACCGAAGGCGGGUCUGGGAAAGGCUCAGUCUGUGGAUAACAAGGCAGUGGCAGAGUGGCUUUCUAAGUACUGGCAAACCCGCGAGCAGCGUGCUCCUACAUCCACCAAGUUGAAGCCGCAGGGCAAGGCGAGCGCAGAGGACCAGGAGCAGCAAGAUCCCAUGGAGUUCCUUCACUCUGACGAGGAGAACGGAGAGGAGCCGGAGGCCAUGGAGGAGGAGAAGGGUAACCAGGGCGGGGCGGCCAAACGGCGCCUUCAGGAGCAGAGAGAGCGUCUCCACGGCGCCCUGGCCCUCAUUGAGCUGGCCAACAACCUGUCGCCCUGAGCUCCCACUGACCCGACCUCCUCUAAUCCGCCUUCCUGCAGAACGUGCUGUAGCUAAAAGUUCUUCAUAAACGCAGAUCAAUGCCUAGUUUAGUUGUAAAACCAGACUUUGA